GAUUAGGUUAGGAAGAAGUGAAAAAAAAAAGAAGAGGGUGUAGAGGUGAUUAAAAAGAGAGUUGGAGGGGAUUAGGGAACUUAAUAAUGAAGAGGAGAGCAUACGUGGCAGCUUAGGGUUCACCCCAAGUUGCAAAAGAGCAAAGCCCCCCCACCCUUUCUCUCAUCAACUCCUUCCUCAGUAGUCCCUCUUUCUUUGCCCCUUUCUCUUGUUUUCUUCUCUUCUUCACUUCUCUUCGCACUCAUCACUCUCACUCUCACUCUCACUACUGCUCCUACUGCUUGCUAUACCCACGACUCAUCACCCACCCACUCAUUCUCUCUCCUUUUUCUUCUUAAUUUCUUACUACUCAGAAACAGAGCAGCAAGAGGAGUCAUCUGUCAAUUAAUUUAUAUGGUAAGGAGGAGAAGGAGGAGGAGGAGCGGCAAGCGAUGAACGGCGCAGGGCCCACAGCCACAGCCACAGCCACCGCCACUGCCACCGCCACCUUCAGGUCUAUCCUCGACAAGCCCCUUCACCAGCUCACCGAAGAUGACAUUUCCCAACUCACUCGCGAAGACUGUCGCAGAUUCCUCAAAGAAAAAGGGAUGCGCAGGCCUUCGUGGAACAAAUCGCAGGCAAUUCAGCAGGUCAUUUCCCUGAAGGCGCUGCUCGAGCCCUCCAACGACGACGCCCCCGCCGUCGUUCCCACCCUCCAUUCUACCUCGCCACCUCGGCCUCCGCCUCAGCCUCAAGGGGAUUUGAACGAUGCUCCGCCCGCUGAAGAUCCGGCUCUUCAUGCUGCCGAUGACAUUCAGAAAUCUGCGUCGUCUCCCGAAAAACCCACUGAAACCAAUGACACCAACGUUGUCAGUCCCAGGUGUUCGGUGAUUUGCCUGUUAGUGAAGCAAGCAUGUGCAACUAGCGGAGUCGGGCAAAUGACGAUAUUCUACUGUGGUAAGGUGAAUGUCUAUGAUGGAGUCUCACCUGAUAAGGCACAGGCUAUCAUGCAACUUGCAGCAAGUCCAGUCCAAUUUGCUCAGGAUGAUCCUGUAAACAGAAAUACAACAGUCUGGGUUUCUCCUUGUCACAUACCAUUGGAUAAGGAUGUCCCAGUUCCUGUUGAUACAACAAUGGUGCAGGUUGCUCAAGCAGAUAAGAUGAUGGAAUAUCCUCUGCAUUACAGGGAGAAGGGAAGCAUAGCUCGUGAUGCUGAUCUAGAUGGUCAGGCAAGCAGACAAGUUUCAUUGCAACGAUAUCGUGAAAAGCGAAAAGACAGGGGAAGAUUGAAGGGCAAGAAAUUGCCCGGGGUAACGUCAUCUAACUUGGAGAUGUAUUUGAACCUUCCAGUGAAAAUCCAGACCUCAAAUGGCAAUUCAAGCCGAAGUAGCACAUGCUCCCCACCACAGCCUAGACCGCCUCUUGCUUUCAGUGGCUCGGCUGACAACCCGCUAAAAGUUGGCCUUCCCAUUGAUCUCAAUGACAAAGAUGUUCAAGAAUGCUAAAACUCAAGGAGACUAGAUAGAUUGUGCAGAGUUGUGAUUCAGAUGAUCACAUCAUUAUAUAACUGAAGAGAAGAGACCAUAGCCUGUAGGAGCCUGAGCACGAACCCUGUUGUGCAAGAAUUGGGCUGCCCAUAGAGUGGUCAAUUUUAGUUUCUUUAACUGCUAGACACUGUACCCAAAAAAAAAAA